AUGGAUCAUACUAUUAAUAGUACAGGUAUUGACGCUGACGCUGACGCUGACAAUCACACUGAACACAAAAAGAAGUCUCCUCCUGAUACCGGUACUGGCAGUGACAAUUAUGACCCUUCCAAGGAAUCCAUGACGGUGGCAACCUCAAGCACCAAGGUUCAACCUGAGCUCUCAAACUCGAAUCUCUUUGCCUCCGACCAUACAGCAGAGUUUCCGUUGCCAGAGCCUCUGCCAGAGCCUCUGCUGAGCCCCAACAAUUAUCUGCCUCAUCAAAGCAGCAACAACGUGGGAGCCCAUGCCAUUCCAGGAUUCGGCCUCGUGGGAGCCUAUGCCGUGCAAGGAAUUGGCAGGGAAACAGAGGAAUCGAAACAACAAAAUGACGCACAGCCUCAUCCACAAGUACCCACUCCAGACGAGGAAUCUGGCUUGGUACAAGCUCAACCAGUACAAGACGAACCCAUCCGUAUGACUGCACAACCUGUAUACCAACAGGAACAACAACAGCAACCCAAUGGUAGGCAACGAUUCCUCAUAAUUGGAAUACCAUUGAUAAUUCUCCUUGUCUGUGUGGUGGUGGGAGUUUCUCUGGCUGUGGGUUUGGCCAAGAACGGAAACAAGGAUACAUCACUACAAGUGCCAGAUGACACUACGGGUGAAUUUGUGGAUUUGGCACUGGGCAAUGUGGACUUGUCAUUGUCAGCCAUUCAACCCAUCCAUAUUCCACCUGAAAUUUCCAUGUUGACUGGACUCCUCUAUUUGCACUUGUAUGAAAACGAAAUUCAUGGCAACAUCAUGGAAAUUCUCCCAACACAGUUGUUCCAAAUGACAUCCUUGCUAGAGAUUGGCCUAAGGAAGAAUGCAUUGACAGGUCAAAUUCCAAGUGAGCUUGGGCUGCUGACACGAUUAUAUCUGGUGGAACUGGCUGGAAACAAGCUGACUGGAAGAAUUCCCUCUGAGCUUGGAGCAACUGUUAUCUUAACCUUCAAGGUUUGCUGCAAUCAACUCACAGGAUCACUACCAAAUGAGUUGCUGGCUCCAGGAUUGGCCAACAUGGAUGAAUUCAAUGUUCAGCACAACAUGCUCACAGGAACAAUCCCAUCAGAGAUUUGGACCUCUUGGACCAAGCUUGUGGUGCUUCAAUUAGGGGACAAUCUCUUCUCUGGUCAAGGAAUACCCACCCAGCUCAAUGGCAGCCACUCUCUCCCUGAUCUAGUAGAGCUCGAUCUCUCUCACCUGCCAUUGCUGACCGGGUCUUUACCAACCUUCGAACUUGCAAACUUGGCUACCAACUUUAACCUGAGCAUUAUUGAGAUGGACAAGUCUCCUGGCUUGUUGGGGGAGAUUCCAGAGGAGCUUUGCUUCCUGCAAGAUCCAACCUGCUCCUUUGAAUUUUGGUGGUGGCCCACACCUCGCAACUGUUCUUUGACAUUUGAGUGCACACCCAACCUCUGUGGAUGUGAUUGCUUGUGCUAG